GUUCAGUUGGCCAUUGAACGUCGAAGGAUGAACACGGGUAUUGCAAUGGAUUAACAAAAAAUAGAGAAAAUAGCCAAUGAAUGUAAUAAGUAAAGCAGAGAAGGAUAAAGGAAUCUGCGACGAGAAUGUCAAGGAAAAGUGCUCGAUUGCAGUCAAGAGUUAGCAUUGAAAGUUCUUCAUCAUCCAUUGCAGUUUCUACUGUGAAUCGAAAAAGAAAGGCAGAAGAGGAUUUAGAAGAUGAAAUGAUUGGAAGUAAAAGGAGUAGGAACUAUCGUAUUGAGAACACCUGGAUUCCUAUUUCAAAUGAGAGUUCGAUAACAACAUGUACUUUGGUUCCUACCAGUGAACCUUUAUCUCCUGUCUCUGAUAGAAGUUCAUCACCAGACCUGACAUUAGGCUCAAAGUUCCGAUUUCGUAAUUACUUUACACCAACAGUCUCUCGACAUUCUCCUCUGCCAAGAUUUAGUUGGGCUGACUCCAGAGAAGUAUGGCAAAAUAUGAUGACCAAAGAACAACACUAUGCAAGAAACCCGAAUGUGUUCGACAAACAUCCGAUGCUACAACCAAGAAUGAGAACAAUUCUUUUAGAUUGGUUGAUCGAGGUGUGUGAAGUAUACAGGUUACAUAGAGAAACAUUCUACCUCACUACAGAUUUUUUGGAUCGAUUCCUUUGUUCCUCACACAAUGCACAGAAACACCAACUACAGUUAGUUGGUAUUACGUGUUUGUUUAUUGGUGCAAAAUUAGAGGAAAUUUAUCCGCCCAAACUUGCUGAAUUUGCUUAUGUUACUGAUGGUGCUUGUACAGAGGAUGAGAUCAUGGAUCAAGAACUUGUUAUAAUCAAGGCUUUGAACUGGGAUCUGUCUCCUGUCACUGCUAAUGGUUGGUUAAAUGUCUACCUCCAAGUAGCUAAUAUAGAGUAUAUAACAGAUACUGAACAUGGCUUUGUCUUUCCUCAAUACUCAUCACAUGCCUUUGUCCAAAUUGCUCAGUUGAUAGAUUUGUGUACAUUAGAUAUUGGCUGUUUAGCGUUUACGUAUAGUGCUAUAGCUGCUGCUGCUUUAUAUCACCUCACCGAUGAAGAUGUAGCAUUAUCUGUCUCAGGGUACAAAUGGCAGGAUAUUUUACCGUGUGUUAACUGGAUGACACCUUUUGCACAAACCACAAGAGAGAAAGGUCAUGUGGAGGUCAAGUUCUUUAGUAAUGUGGCAACAGAAGACUGUCAUAACAUACAGACACAUGAAAUAGAUAUUAAUCUUUUGGAGAGAGCUCAAGAAAUACAGGAACAAUUGAUGACAUUACAUAGAUCUUCAAGUCCAGAUAUUCAAGCUCAAGUAAUAACACAGUUGACACCACCUAGUAGUAAUAAAAAGGGCAACAGUAUUGUUUCAGAAGACAAAGAAAAUAAAGAACAGACCUCAACUGAUGUAGAUUAUCAACAUCCAACUGUGACGUGAGGUCAAUCUGUUAAUGCAACCUAAUUUCUUCUGUGCCAAGGUCGGAGUUGACCAGAGAAAGAAAUCGACGUUCAAUGGCUGUUCUCUAUAGAGUAAUGAUUGAAUGAAGUGGAGUAAAUGGCGUCACUAAUGAAUGAAUUGAAUGUUUGCGAUAAUAUAUUAUUUAAGUCUUAUAAAAGUAAUAUAUGUGUUGGAAGUGUUGAGUUAAAUUGCAUAUUUAUUUAUAGACAUUAUAAUGUGCAAUACACAGAUGACUUUGUUCUUUCAAGAACAAUUCCCAUAGCCAAACAGGGCUAAUAGUGCUUUUAUUUUUGUUGUUUGUAUUAAAUGUAUAAUUUAGAAGUAAACAUAGAAUGAAAUGUUUGACAUGUGUACAAGCCUGUUAAAUAGUGUUUUGUGUCUGAGAUAUUGAUUUGAGUAAACAGUUUUAUCGUGGAAAUAUUUAUCCAAUGUGCCACAAUCUAAUGGGAAGUGUUGCUGCUUAACAUGUUUACAGUAAAGUUUUAUUACUUUUAGGGUUAAGUCAGUUAGAACUUUGCCAAAGAUCAAAUCAAAAUGUGUUCAUGAAAUAUACCUUUUUGUUUACUCACCAAAUGUGUUCAAUUUGUUGACAUUAUACCACAUUGUGUUCAUUAUGUGAAUGGAUGAUUGCAUUUUGAUUAAUUGAAAGCAGAAAGUAUGUGUAUGUUCGUCCACUAUUUAUGAAUUUUAAAAGAGAUGAUGCUGUUUUUAUGUUUCAAAAUGUAUAUUUUUAAACCACAAAGCAAGUAAAAAAAAUAAUAAAAAACUUCAAAAAUGCCUUAAAAAUGUGUUAUGAUAAUGUUUAGGUAACUAAAGUUACUUAGUAAAAAAAUGCCAUUUAUUUGAUAAAUGUUUGAAACCAGUACAUUUAUUAAGUACAUUAUAGAUCGCUUUGUAGUUUAGAACAGACUGGUACAUAUCACUAUAAUCAUAUGCCAUGCCAAAAAUGUAAUAUCUAGUCUUAGAAGGACCUCAAUCUUUCAAAACUUAGUUGCGGAACAAUUCUUGAUUUUUCAAAUCCAAUAGAAAAGCAAAACAAAGGAUGAGUUUUGCUCUCAUUUCUUUACAAUAUGAAAUUAAAUUUGCAGUUUCAGACAGCUUAUGUAUUACUAUUGGUAUUUUUACUGUAGUUGUGCAAGCAUGGUCAUGAUAGUCUUGUUAUCAAAAGAUGUCUGCACAGUACUAGUUGAAAAGUUAAGUAAAAAGAGGGUUUCUUUGUAAUAAGACAAGACAUAACUCAAAGGUUAUUAUGAGGCUGUUCAGUUACGUUUAGGCAAAAAUAGAAACAAUGUGUGUUUAGUGUUACCUUUCCAGCCUUAACCCAUAACCAUAAAACUUUUCACCAACUGUAUCCCCAAUCAGAUGUAACUAACAGCUAUUGAACUUAUUCAACUACACAACAUAACAUUAUUAAAACCAUAUAUUGUCAUCAUUAUGAUGUUCAUUGACAGAUUACAAAUUGCAAACUUUCUGUAAAAUAAUAUGAACAAUACAGGAACCAAGGUUUGUAAAUCACAAUAUUUCACGGCAAGUGAUUUGGGGAAAAAAAACGCCAUACUUUAUAAUUCAUUGUCAAGAAACACUAAAACACACAUACUUCGUUCUUUUUGCCUUUAUGAAGCAGAAUGAAAAAAUAUGUGGCUGUCUCCUUUUCUUAAAAAAAAUCGUAAAGGACCUUUUGUAGCUUUAUUAGAUGAUAUGUACUGGUCUUGUUUUCAAAUCCUAUAGAUCAUAAGUUUAUAACAUAUAUCAUUAGUUAAUCAUAACUGAAUGCACAUACUUAAAAUGCAUUUCAAUAGCCAUAGUUUUACAGGUAUUCAUCAUGUAAAGUGUGAAUGAAAUGUUGGGAUACAUUAUCAACUUUAAACCAAUUUUUUUUCCAAAGUAUUGUUAGGAAUAAAGAUAGGGCUUUUAGUUUUUCACAAGAAAUAAUUUGUGUAACAGGAAUUUAAGGAAGGGUAUUAUAGUUCCAUUGAUAAAAAAGUACAGAAAAAGCACUUAAAAUGGUGAAUAGCUAUUAUACUUAUACUAUAUUUUUGUAACUUUUAGUGAUAUUUCCCAUCUUCAGUUUGUUAUAAGUUUGGUAUAUUAAUCUUUAGUGCAGUGUGGAUUUUAUUAAUUUGUUAAAUCACAUGGUAAUAGGGCAGGUUUGCUGUGUUUUUGUGGGAAUAAAUGGGUUCUGUAUGUUUUUUGAGUGGAAAAGCAGUUAAAUAUUUUAUGAAUAUUACUGUUAUACGAUUGUGUAAUGUGUAAUCUGGUUGUAAAAGUAUUGUUAAAUUUGAUGGUUGAAAGACUUGUUGACUUUGGUUGAAACUUGGUGAAAUUUGAUUGUUUACUGUUAAACUGCAAUGAAUGGCAUUGCUUGUUAUUUAAAUUCAGGUGAUUAAAUAUUUGUUUAUACCAUUAAGUGUUCAGUAUAGUAUUUUGAAAUUUGUCACUACCAUCAGAAUCAAAUCCCAUACAGGAAAUCUAGAUUUAGUAAGUCCAUACAUUUCUACUUAAGAUAACUCUUAAUACUCUUAUGUAAAAUUUUGUAAUUUUAAACAUUAUUCUCUAAUCUGUUUUUCCAUGAAAUAAAUACUCUGUAAGGACAUUUCCUUCGAAGGACAUGAGCAUUAUUCACUAUCUUGAUUGAUGUAUUCUAAAAGCUGAAGUGCAACUUGUAAAUAAAAGUAAGGAUUUAAAAAAAAGAAAGAUAACAGGGAAAUUGUAUUAAGUGUUUAGUAAAUGAAAGAAACUUAAGUUUGGAUUGAAGGUGUGUGUCCAAAAUUUUCACAUUAUAUUUUACUAUAUUUCCUUAUGCUAUCCUUCUCACUUCUAAUGGAAACAUGUCUACUAGUCCUAAAAACAUUGAUAUUAAUAGAAUGACUUAUCUCAAUAAUUUAAUGAAUUGUCUCUAGUCUUGAAUCUUCUAUGGUUGUCUGUUGAAGGCAGAAUGGCUUACAUAGUACUGUAUAUAAAAGGUACCUUACUUUUCUUAAGCUAUUUUAUAAUAUUUUUUUUUUUUUGUCCUCUCGUCUUAUAAGUAAAGUUGGCAGAAUCUUAAAAGAAUACCUUCCCAGAUUCUUUUGAAACUGAAAAAUAACUUUGAAUAUUAAUUCUUGUCCUGUGUUUUUGACUUCAAUGUUGACUUCUUGUAUAAAACUUUAUCUUUGUUAAUGAUGCAAAUAUAAAGAAAGUAUACAUAACUUUUUUUUUAUGGCAAAACUCGUUUGUAAAAAUACAACAAAGUGGGUAGCAAAGAUGAAAAUAUAGAAUGUGCCUUCUAUAAAAAUUAGUUCCUUAGUGUACAAUAAUAUAAUAUGAAUAGGGAGGUGUUCCCAAUCAAUUGUAAUAUACAACUGGCUGUUACAAAACACUGGUGUCCUUUUUAAGCAAUCUUUGAAUGGACAGUGCUUGAGAGGGGCUUGAAGUAGAUGAACAGUUUUACAUCUUUACUUUUCCAUCUUAAAAUUUAUGUGUAAAAAAAAAAAAAAGAAUAAACAAGCAAGAAGAUUUUUCACAAACUGCUUGUAGAUUUGUGGUUACUUAAUGUGGACAAACUUGGAAGUGUUCAUAAAAUCUAAUUAAUCCACUUCAUUGAAAUUCAAAUGUAUUCUAUGAAUACUUAUGUUUUCAUAUUUGUAGAAGGAUACUGUAUUUUGUAACAGCCAGAAAGAUGGUUUGAAACAUACACUUUCUCCUUAAUCUAUUUCUCAUUUUUUAUUUAUUUUUAAUGAAUUUGUGAACAUUUAUUUUAAUUAAUUUAAAAAAUAUUUAAAAGGAGAACAAUUCUGUGUCUUGUACAAAGUGUUUUAAAGUAUUUUAUUUAUUUUUAUUUAUGAAGUUAUUGACUGGGUUUUAACAUAUCAUUUGAAGCUUGAGUGUUGAGAAUAUUUUUAUAAUUGUUUACAUUUCUAUCACAAUUUAAUUUUACUGUUUGCUUUGCUGUUUUAUUGAGAGAAAAAAACCUCAAUUUUAUAUAAUUUGGAAACUUUCUGAAAUGAUGUUGCAGUUGCUCCCAUCACCGGGUCAAUAAUGAAACAUUUUUGAAAAUUUAUGAUGUAAGGGUGGUAACUAAAAAAAAAAAUCUUUCUUUUAUCUAAAAAUCAAUAUGCCAUUAUAUGGAAGUAAUAGCCUGACUACCUGGUUGUGAAAUUUUAUUGUGAUAGAAAUUACAAAACAAAAAAUACAUCUCAGUGGGUUAUCCUUAGAUUCAAGUAUUCUUUAUUUUUUUCUUUAUUUUAAACCUGUCAGAUUUUAUUUGGAAAAAUUGUUUUCAUUUCAUUUAUUGCUUAAAGCAAACCUUACUUUUUUUUUUAAUUUUGCCUUGAGGAAGGUUAAAAAACUUUCAAUUCAUGUUAAGUUAUUUUUUUAUACACCAUUGAAUAUAUAAAAUUACAACAAAUAUUAUAUUCAAAAAAUAUUUUUGUACUUAUUUAAUCAAAUUUGAAUAUUAAAAUUAUUGUGACAUUUGUCUAAAUAAUUGUAUAUCUGUAUGUAAAAUAGAAAAAAAAAACAAAAAAAACGAUGAAAUAAAAUCUAGAAAAAUAGAAUUAACCAAUAUGAAAUUUGAAGAUGACAUUUGUUAGAAAUGUGAAGUAAAGGUACGCUGUUGUCAUAUAUAUUGUAUGGCAUACAUCUUUUCAGAUUUACUUUUUUUAAAGUUAAUACUAUAUACAUUAUUAUCCAUUAAAUAAUACAGGCAAAAAUACUUGUUAGUAUGUUAUGUGGAAAAUAUUUGUGUUUUUUAUAGGAAAAAAAAUGUUAUGUUUUUUUUUUUUGAUAAGGAAAAUGGAUUUCUUCAAGACAUAUGAUACAUUGUAUACAGUCACCAUGUAGCCAGGACUUGAACAUUUGUCAGUUGUUAAAUGUAAUGUUAAGUUUUAAAAUCUUAAAAAAAACUUAUUUUUAGAGUAUUGUAAUAUAUACACAUUACUAAUAAAUGUUGUAAAUCCAGAA